AUGGAUUACAAGUAUCGAGACUUCGAAUUUCGCAAGAUGUUUGAACGCCCCUCUCCUUCGAGCGAAACACGGGCGGACGCUUUACAACACGAAAAAAUAGGCUCAUUCAAUAUUCAUCACGCACAGUUUCGCGGAGGGCUUUCCUGGAAUGUCAGGCCAAGAUUGAGCUUGUUUGGUGCGAGUUAUUGUUCAUGA